GUGGAUAUUUUCAAGAAACACUUUAUUCCAGAAACACUUUCGUUAAGAAACAAUCAAGGAAGUUAAACCAUGGCUAUGGUGUGGGUAGCGCUCCUUAUGUCCGGCAUCGUAUGUACAAGUUCCCAGUACAUUUACUCGAAAGAUCGUUGUGCCAGUAAUGGAGAGACAAUGAUGCAGAUUCGAGAACUUGUGAUGCAGCAGGGGAGGAUCCAAGAAUCUUUAGAUUCGCUCAGGCGGAUGGUGAAGAAACUUGAAGAAGAUGUAACCAAGACCAAGACCCAUGAAGAUGUUAGAAUUGUCAGGAAAGAGUUAAACAUAUAUAAAGAUUGCAAAGACUUCUACAUUCGUGGUAAUACAGAAUCUGGUGUGUAUGAGAUUCAUCCAUUUGGUAAUAACAGCAAGGUCAGCGUCUUCUGUGACAUGAUGACAGAAGGUGGAGGGUGGACAGCUAUCCAGAAACGUGUGAGUGGUACAGUGUCAUUCGACAGAACCUGGACGGACUACAAGACGGGAUUCGGGAAUCCUAACGGAUCUUACUGGAUUGGGAAUGAUGUAAUACAUCAACUUACCAAGGGAAGGAACUCCUCCCUCUACGUCUCCAUCACACUGACCAAUGGGAAAAAGCUCUAUGAAUUAUACAACCAAUUCUCUGUUGCUGACGAAAUCAACAAAUACAGGCUUUUCCUUGGCGGACCAGCUACCGGGACCCUGGGAGACUCUUUGUUAGACACAGUUAAUUCUGCCGGUGAUCUGUCUGGGAUGUACUUCAGUACCCCGGACAGAGAUAACGACGGGGAUAGUGAAGGUAACUGUGCUGCUGACAGUAACCGUAGAGGAGGCUGGUGGUUUAAUGACUGUUACCUCGCCUUCCUUAACGGUCAAUGGUCCCCGGGGUACUGGUCCGACCCAUGGUAUCCUACAGUGAGAGAUAAUAAACAGAUGAAAGAAACUCUCAUGAUGAUCAAACCUCACUGACUUUUUUAUAUCUUUAUAUCCAUACUUGUUCACGCAUAAUAUGAAAAGUUACAUACUUUUAUUAUAGAUGAUGAAAACUUUACUUUACUUUUAGACAUAAUGGUGGUUUCUACAGUAUAUACAUUGUGAUAAAUAUAUAAUGUUAUUAUGUGUAAUGAAUUUAUUGAAAAGUCCUUAUGUGUAUUAUGUUUAAGAUAGUGUUGUACAUGUAACAUUAAUUACUAAAACAAGGAAAUCGCAUUAAAUAUU